AACAUUAGGAAUCAAGAAAGUGCCCAUAAUAAAAAUAUUAAUUUGUCUUCUAGUAGCUUUAUAAUACAGAUUCUUUUCAGUAGGAUUCACAAAGAAACUGAAUACACCACCAUCAACUGCUUCAAAGAAACAAGCAAAUAAGUAAAAAUGGGUUCCCUUCUGGCAGGUUGGGACUCUAAUAUUCUUGAUCCCCAAGUUGUGAAAUAUAAGAGAAACAAGUCAUUAACAAAGGAAGAGAUAGAGGCAUUCUGGAGAUCCAAAAAACAUAAAGUGGAAGAUACUUCUGCGCUAUCCCCUCGAAGCCAAAUUCAGGCAAAUAGUAGCUUUGAAGAUGCUGCUAAGACAUCGUUCGAAACAUCAAACUCCGGGGAGAUUUUGGGUAUGGACAGUGAGGACACCGAGAAACUAAUCAAGAAACAUGGCUGGUGGGUAAGUAGCAAAUGGGCACAUUUGAAUGAACCGCCAGUGCUACCACCAGAUGAGGCUACUUACAAGCAUCUCUCACGCUUCAAACAACCCCAAACUGGAUAAUCAACUC